AUGAUAAGACUGUGGUCUAGGGUAUCUUUAAUCAGACCCAAUUAUUCUGCUAGGUAUAUCAAAACUAAUAAUCCACCUAUUGGAACCGAUAAUUCAGAAAGUAAUGAGCUUAAGGAACUAAACCACAUGUACAUUAAUAUGUUUACACAAAACUCGACAGAGGAUUCCGUCGAUAGCACCCAUCUAAGUGAUCUGGAAGAAUUAAAUAAGGAAAUAAAUGAACUUUACAGUAUACCGGUAUUGACUCCCGAUCAAUUAGCAUCGAAAGUGGCUAGCCGUGGUAAGUUUAUUAUACGCAGUGUAUCGACGGAUCCUUUUUUUAACCUUGCACUGGAAGAUUUUAUAUUCAAGCAUACGCCGAUACAUAAAAGCUCUCAAUCUAUUACUGAUAGUUCCACUUUCCAACAUGAGCGAUUGUUAUUCUAUGUGAAUGAUAAAUGUGUUGUUAUCGGUAAAAAUCAAAACCCAUGGAAAGAGCUUUACCUGUACAACUUAGUUAACAGACAGUAUGAAUUUGUUCGUCGUAAGUCUGGUGGUGGGGCAGUUGUCCAUGACUUGGGUAAUGUCAAUUAUUCUUUUAUAACUUCUCGUGAAAAAUUCGACCGUGCAUUUUUCAAUCAGAACAUAGUAAAAUGGUUGACACAUUAUACUAAAGAUAUUGGUAUGAAUGCUAGAGGUGAUAUUACGUUAUCGGGUAAGAAAGUCAGCGGAAGUGCAUUUAAAAUUGCAAGAGGCAAAGGCUACCAUCAUGGCACGAUGCUUGUUUCUUCUGAACUUUCUGAAUUUUCUGGACUCUUGAAACCAAAAUCAAUCGAUGGAAUUAAGUGGGAAUGCAACAGCGUAGAUAGCGUUAGAUCUCCAGUUGAAAAUUUAGAAGGUAAAGGUAUAGAUAAUGUUGAUCAAUUCUGUGAUGUUUUGACCAAUGGCUUUAGAUGCCUGAUGCAGGAAGAUGUCCCUCUUUAUUACUGUGAUGAAACAAGUUCUACAACGGAAAUACAUGAUGUUAUUGAAGAACUGAAGAGCUUUAAGUGGCGAUACAUGACAGGGCCGAAAUUCAAAGUUCAUAUUGGUAAUUCUGUGAUACAUGUUGAUAAAGGCCUGAUUACGAAGAGUGACAUACCCGAAACAGCUGGUAUGACUUUCAAUGAUUUUGUGCAUAACCUCAAUGAUAAAUUAUACAAAGACUAUACAGCAUAUGAUAUAUAA